AUGUCGACAAAUGUAGAGCCUCCGGCCACCGUGGAAAAAAACGUCAACACAACCGGCGGGACGACUCCUGAUUCCUCAGACUCUCCUCGAUCCGAAGCUCGCUUUGAAGAUGAGAUCCCAUAUACUAUCUUCACGCCUUGGGAGAGGAAGUUCAUAGUAUUGGCCGCCUCGCUCAGCGCUAUAUUCUCCCCCAUGUCGACAACGAUAUAUCUGCCGGCACUCAACCAGCUUGCUUCUGACUUGCAUGUCAGUGAUGCUCAAAUAAACCUGACGGUGACCACCUUUCUGAUCUUGCAAGGGCUCGCACCAGCGCUCAUAGCCGGCUUCUCCGAUACUGCAGGUAGAAGACCGGCUUACAUGAUCUGCUUUACGUUGUACCUGGCUGCCAACAUCGGUCUUGCCAUUCAAAGGAACUAUGCCGCGCUUUUAGUCCUUCGCUGUCUUCAAAGUGCCGGUAGCAGCGGGACAGUAGCACUAGCUCAGGGGGUCGUGGCCGAUAUCGUUACGAGUGCUGAGCGAGGGAAGUAUGUUGGCUGGACUUCAGCUACCUCAAUUGCUGGGCCCAUUUUGGGCCCCAUCCUUGGUGGCUUACUCGCACAGUACGGAGGAUGGCCUUGGAUCUUCUAUUUUCUGAUCAUACUGACAGGAGCGUUCCUUGUGCCAUUUGUGCUCUUCUUCCCAGAGACAUGCCGAAAAGUGGUUGGUGAUGGAUCUGUGCCGCCACCAAAACUGAACAUGUGCUUGACAAACGUCAUUAAGGAAAGAUCGAGAAAAAAAGCUGGUAUUGAAAUUGACACGCAGCAAUCGGAAGAAGUCAGGAGAAACUACAAACUUUCUAUUCCCAAUCCGCUGUCCACGUUCAAGAUCGUAGCAGACAAGGAGUCAGCCUUAAUCCUUUUUAGCAGCGGUCUGGUAGUGGCCUGUUUGUACGCCGUCAAUACUGCUUUACCGAGUCAAUUCAAAAAGAUUUAUGGCUUUGAUGAGAUCCAGAUCGGGCUCUGCUUCCUACCAUUCGGUGCGGGAAGCAUAAUUUCGGCAUUUACAACGGGCAAAAUGAUCGACUUUUCAUGGCGAAGGCAUGCUAAAAGAGCAGGCUUUCCUGUCAUGAAGAACCGACAUCAAGACUUGACACACUUUCCCAUUGAGAGGGCGAGGCUAGUAGUGGCACUACCGCUCCUUUACUUCUGCUGUGCUGGCUUAAUCACAUAUGGUUGGGUUUUAGAUUUUGAGACUAGUCUUGCUGGACCGCUUGUUGUCCUAUUCUUCACCGGUUAUGGGAUCAUGGCUGGUUUUCAGAUCAUGAUCAUCCUCAUUGUUGACCUUAGUCCUGGCAACGCUGCUGCUGCUACUGCGGCAAACAAUAUCUUCAGGUGUCUUAUUGGGGCUGGAGCUACAGCUGCGAUAGUGCCAAUGAUCGAUGCUUGGAACGUUGGUUGGGCUUACACCUUCGCCGCAUUCACUUGGAUUGCAUUGAGCCCUAUGCUACUUGUGCUCUUGAAAUACGGCCCGCGCAUGCGACUUGCUAAGAAGGAGAAGCUAGCGCAAUCGAUCUCGCAGCAUGGAGAGAUGCCUGUGGAAAGAAGGACUGACGAUUCGCAUGUUGGAAUGACACGCACGAGGAGACUAGAGGAGGGUAUUGCAGCGGACGACAAGGCACCUGAACCGGUCAGAAACGCCGACGCCAAGGCAUGA